AUCACUGAAUCCAUGGCUUGUGCGCAGUGAUAUACGUGUGUUGAAUGAAAAUGAUAAAUACCAGGACUCGCAAAGCUACCUGCUCAUUACCUACAAGGAUACCGAUCAACUACAACACAGAAGAGGUUUCAAGUAUCAAUCGACGACCAGUACAUAGUUUUUAUUUCGAUUUAAGAGAAUUAAACAGCAGUUCCAAUAUGGCUGAGCAAAUCCAAAAAAGAAAACGAUCUUCUGAACAUUACGUGGGGAAGGCUGUGAUCAAGCGGCAGGUUUCAGCGCGAACACAGGUGGCAAAUAAACUUGAAAGCUGUCUGCAUCUGGGAAAUUCAUCACCUAGAGUGAUGGCGGAUCAAGUGCCCUCCCUACCCAAGAAAUUCAAGCGGGCACAAAUCGAGAACUUGGACGAUCCCUUCUUUCUUGAUAGAAAGGUUUCCAAGAAGAACUCCUCGACCAAGGAAUCCAAACCCGAUAUCGAACGCGAACGUUGCUCCGAAUCAGAGCAAGAAGACCAUUGCCUGAGCGAAGACUUGGAAAAAAAAGACGUGUCAUUCAGCCAGGUACAGGUUCCUGUCAAACCUCAGACGACGGAAGCCGAGGAGGGCGUCGAGAAGGAGGGGUGUGACGAACCAGAGCAAGAAGACCAUUGCCUGAGCGAAGACUUGGAGAAUGCAGACGUGUCAUUCAGCCAGGUACAGGUGGUCAAUGUCCCGAUCAUUCCUGUCAAACCUCAGGCGACGGAAGCCGAGGAGGGCGUCGAGAAGGAGGGGUGUGACGAACCAGAGCAAGAAGACCAUUGCCUGAGCGAAGACUUGGAGAAUGCAGACGUGUCAUUCAGCCAGGUACAGGUGGUCAAUGUCCCUAGCAUUCCUGACAACACUGAUCCGACGACGGAAGCCGAGGAGGGCGUCGAGGAGGAGGGGUGUGACGAACCCGAUGGACUCUUUGGGAUAAUACACCAUCACCAUGAUGACGACGACUAUGAACUGGACGGUUUCAGUGUUCAUCUACCGGCUCAUUUUCAUCGAUUCGCCGACCCAUGCCCGUUUGGUGCUCGUCUCAAUAAAUCGGAGAAAGGGUAUAAGCUUGCCAGGGUACUCACUAAUACAGCAGCAUAUACGGCUGGUUUAAGAGAGUCUGAUACACUCACCCAUCUCAAUGACACAGAAUUACACACAUUAGACAUCAGUGAGAUUCAGAAGCUCUUCAUGCAUAUUGAGACAACGUUCACAUUGACAAUUCUUAGAAAAUAUGGAGAAGGUGAUGAGGUUCAUCUCGAGAAGACAACGAUACGGGUCAACAUAGAUGAUGAAGUUGUAGUGGAAAUAGUGCAUACGGAGAUCAUUUGCAGUGAAAGGCCGAUCAACACAUCAGCACUGUCUUUCAUUAGUCAAGAUGAAAAUGAUGUUUCACAGAUCUAUCUCAAUGCUACAGGAGAAAUAGUUACCAUGGGAGGAUUCACCGAUGCAAGAGCUCAAUUCUACCUGGACUUCUAUCGAGGGGGGCAAGGCCAACGCUGUGCAAUUCGUCAUCAUAACACCAAUAGACUAUACGACGCGGUACAGAACAGCAUGAAGCUGAUGGAGGAUCCUUAUAAUCCGGAUCUAGCAUGUAUGCUUGACAAGAUACACAGAAGUGAUGGCACUUUCGUGUUCGAGUCAGUGGAGCUUCAAGGUCAUUACCUCAUCUAUGACAGAGCUGCAGGAACACUAACAUUGUCUAAAUACGACCGUCUAAGUUUAGUCCCGUCUGAUGGCUCUUUCGGUAUCCCUCGUGUAUAAAACCCUACUCUAUCAAGACCUUCAAGGGUGUGGUAAUCUACAAGGUUAUCAGCAAGGUCAUCAUCAAAGUCAUUGUGAAGGUCAUUGUUUAUAAUAAUUAAUUUCAUGAGCAUUGUCAGGAGAAUACGAAUUUGUUUAAUAGGUUCUUGUAAAGAAUGUGAUCUGUUGAAGUUUCAGAUUGAAAAUCCAAGUCUGACAUAGCGUAGUCACACACAAUAAUUAUGUUCCCACAAAUUUAGGUUCGAUCAUGCCCCCAUGUACCACAAACGUACUUGUGAACAUGUGAAAAUAUUCCUUUUUUCAUUAAUUUUGCUUUUCGCUUAUUCUGUGGCUAAGAAUGAAAAACCCUAAAACUAUUGUUCCAAUUAUAUAUGUCAGUACCUACAGAUGCUCCCUUUAAAAUGAAUCGACAGAUUUAUAGGAAACAUGUUAUUAAUUGCAAUAUUGAAAGUUGAAUCGGAAUUCGAUGCUUAGAGACUUUGGUGAAAAGCGCUAUAUAAUCACCGUUUUCAUUAUUAUUAUUUUAUUAUUAUUUAUUUGCUUUAAUCAACACGUUAGCAUGGUUAGAAAAGAUACAUAAAAUGUGAUCAACAUAUAAUGGCCUCCAGGUAGGGAAUAAACCAUUCGGUAUUUUUGUACCAACCUUAGUUUAUUGAUAUAAGUGGUCAUAUUCUUACUGCAAUAUGUUUUAUUAUAUUAACGAGUAAAUUAGACAUUUUUCUCAUUACAAUUCUUGAGAUUACAUACAGAAAAAUGCCUAUUUCGAGAUGAUUUGUCUUGAAAUAUACAUGUUAAUCACAAUUACAAGAGUAUUAAUAAUUUCAUUAACAAAUGCACGCUUCUUACACAUAGGUUCCACUUGUAAAUAGCAUUUGUACAUUGGAUGAUAUUUAUACUAUUUUCACGGGCAUAUAUGUCCUCUUAAACCAUUCUCUGUAUGAGAAAGUUGCACUUGCUGUAGUUUCUAAGAAAAUUUGCUCACUUUUUAUUUUUUACAUUGCCAUCAUUAUUCGUUAUAGGCAAAUACAUGCACUUUGGGAAGAACAGAUGAACGAAACAAAGAGAGAAAAUAUAUCCUAUUUAAUAUUUUGUGUAAAUAAUGUAUAUAGGUUUCGUGUUUUAUGUAAUUGGUAGUUCUCAUGAUAAAGGUCUCUAUUCAAUCGACCUUGAUAGUAACAAACAAACAAAACAGAUAAUAAUAAUAUUCAUUUUGUAAAGCGCAAUAACUAUGUGGAUAUAUUCUACUGCGCUGCAAGAGCUCGUAAAUGCUGUGCUAUACUGUCAUACUAUAUGAACAAGUGAGUUUUCGGUUUUGAUUAAAAAUUAUCUGGUGAUGGGGCUUUCCUUAUUUCUAGUGGUAAUUUAUUCCAUAAUCUAGGGGCAGCACAGAGAAAUGUCCGGUCCCCGAGGGUUACUUUGGUUUUAUAUGGGAGUAUUUGCAACAUAACUGUGUCUUGUGUACUAUGAAGGUUACGACCAUGAGUUUGAGACUUGAUAUGCAACAAUUCAUUAACGUAACUAGGAGUUUGACCAUUUAGAGCUUUGUGUCGUAAUUUUAUCGACAGCCAAAUCAAAUAUACUGAUUUCAGGAUAUCAAUUGUUGUUUCUUCGGACUUGUUGACAAUCUCUUUCUCAAUCUCCCUUUUCUAGAGCUUUUGUUUUUGUCUUCUACUAUUUUCCUCCUUUCAUUUUUUUCUUUUCUUUUCUUUUUCUUCCUCAUUUUUUUCCUUCUUCCUAGCUACAUAAUGUCUAUUUAUUGAUCUAUAAGCAUACUUUGUUCAUGUUUUAUUGUAAAAUUUGCAUCUGAGGAACUAACACUUCAACAAGCUCUGCUUCAAGUUAGUUCUCUUUUCUCGUGCU